GUCAUUGGGUGGCGGGCUGAGCACGGGCCCGUAUCUGGGAGCGAGCGGUGGCGGGGCGAUUGCGAGAGGCCGUGCUAAGAAGACCUAACUUUUCUAUUUGCAGUUCUUUAGCAAAGGUUGGAGGCCAGCUUGAGUGAUGGCGACUGAUUCUAAGGGGAAGAGAAGGGGUUCGAGACAACCAAAAUGUGCUUUCUGUAAACUCAAUAAAGAGGAGCAUUGUGGCCAGUUGUUAGUAGCCCAAAGCCAGAAGAUGGCAGCACAUCACAAAUGUAUGUUAUUUUCAUCUGCUCUAGUGACCUCUCAUUCUGAGAAUGAGACUCUUGGUGGCUUCUUGCUUGAAGAUAUCAAGAAGGAAAUAAAAAGGGGAAACAAGCUGAGCUGCUCUUGCUGUCACCGCCCAGGAGCAACUAUUGGAUGUGAUGUGAAAACUUGUCGUAGAACAUAUCAUUAUUAUUGUGCAAAGCUUGAUAAAGCCCAGAUCAAGGAAGAUGCAUCACAGGGCAUAUAUCUGAUCCUCUGUCAGAAACACAAAGAAGGUGCUGAGGAUUCCAAUGAAGAUGGGCUCCAAGGAAACCUGAGUGAGUGUUCCCCAGGUCCUCGAAAAGGCGCUCAGAGAGCGCACAGAGAAAAACGGAGAGCUCCAAACUCGAAAGAUGAGUCGGAUGAUGCUAUGUCCACAUCCUCUCAAGGGAAAGAUGAAACCAGUUGCAGUUCCUAUAGAGAACGGUCUCCUCACUGCAGUAGUCCCACAAUUGCAGGGCCAAAGUGUGGGUUUUGUCAUGCUGGAGAUGAAGAAAAUGAAACCAGAGGAAAACUCCACACGUCAAAUGCUAAAAAGGUUGCUGCACAUUACAAAUGCAUGUUGUUUUCUUCUGGUACUGUCCAACUCACAAAUUCAUCUAGAAAAGAUUUUGGUGAUUUUGAUAUUAAAACAGUCAUUCAAGAAAUCAAGAGAGGAAAAAGAAUGAAAUGUACAUUGUGCAGUCAAAUAGGAGCGACCAUUGGGUGUGAAAUAAAGGCUUGCAUCAAGACUUACCAUUACCACUGUGCUGUUGAAGAUCGAGCCAAAUUUAUUGAGAAUCUUGACCGAGGGAUCUACAGGCUAUACUGUAAAAACCACAGUGGGAAUGAUGACCGGGAUGAGGAGGAUGAAGAAAGGGAAAGCAUCUCGCGCUAUGGCAAAGAGCAAGAAGCUGAUCGUAAUCGAGAGGUCUUAGAAGAGGUAUAGAAAAAUGCAUUCAAAUUCCUUCUGAUUUAAUGGAUGCCUGAAUCUCUAGAGAAAAAUUAACCGAGACCUUGGAUACAAGAAAGUGCCAAGAAAAUGCCUGUGGAUUGAUUGGAUGAGGCUGGUACAUUGUGCUCAAGACGUAAAGGACUUGAAGCGUAGAAAAUAUCCAAAGAUCUUUCAAGAAAUCUCUUUAUUCUGUCAAUGUUCCUCUUAAGGAAGAGAAACAGUGUAGUGAAAUAGCACGGCUAAUAUACCUGCUUUUUUUUGAUGGGGAGAUUCCAUUAAAUGGAUUAUUUAGAAUAUCUUUUAUUACAGCCUUCUGAAUUAAAAUGGAAAUAAUUUGAUUUGCUGAAUUUGUGAUUAGAUGGCACAAGCUGACCUGAUACAUCUUUGCAUAAUGAGGGCCUUGAAGGAGCAACACCUUAACACACUCGUGCAUGUGCCUUCGGGUGCUUCUGGACUUCAACAUCAAGAGGAGCUCAAAAAUAAAUGCUGAAAUUAAAACCAAUAUCUAGCAUAAGGUAUUUUGACCACAUCUUAAUUAGCAAACAGUGGGUAGUCCUAAACAAUAUGUAUUGAUGGUUUCAAGCCAAUUCUCAGUAGAUGAAUCUACAUAAUGGGACGACCCAGCUUUCAGUCCUAAUGCUGACUUAUGCUCGUAACAGCCAGAUAUCUGACUGGGAAUGGGUUUGUCCUCCAUUUUGCACUGCACCAUCUGGAAGCAACUGAUAAAAGUCUAGGAUGUAAUAAGAUGCAUCAGUUUACAGGUGGUGGUGUCCCUCUUUGAACAACAUACGAAUGGCAUUUUUAAAAUUCAAUGUAUAAUGAAACUUCUUCAGAAAUGUAUGACUGAAGCUGCACUCUGUGCAAAUACCAGUCCCUGACUUGGUCAGCUAAUCACGGCCUUGAUGAACAUACUGGUACAAAUGGCAUUGUCAGUGAAAUCAUGGUUUGGUUUCAAUAUUCAAGUCUGUGUUAAAUGUUAUAAUGGAAAUGAAUGGUUUUUACUAUUGCUAGGUUCACAUCACAAAAUACAUUAUUUCCAUCUUAAUUUUCUUCCUGUGAUUGUAGUUUCCCUUAUCAAAAUUAGGGCUUCAGAAUAAAAGUUUAGGAUUAGAUUGUUUCUGAUUAGUAAACAAUGUUUAUAGUCUGGUACCUUUUUCAUAUAUUACCUCUCAAUGUAUAAAGUAGCUGCCAGGAGGAAAUAUUAAAUUUACAUGAGAUGUCACUGUGUCAGCAGUGGGUGUGCUGUUCUCUUUUGCUCUAAAUCAGUUGUUUUUGGAUCUGGAUGGCUAAACAUUUUAGAAAUGAAUAUUUUAUGUAAUUUGAUGCCAAAAUGCAUCUGGUUGUUGAAUGCCCUUCAUUUGUAUGUCUGCUCAACAGCUUACCCAGCUGGGUGUUUUUAUAUGUUGGUUUUACCAGCAUUUUAUACCACACAUUCUUGGUCUAAAUCAUUGUUUCCUAUGAAUUGCUUUAUUUUUCCAUAGUGUACCAUAAUUAAUAUCAGGCAGCAUGUCAUCCAUGGUUUAUUGUGCCCUAUUCUGUGGUCUUGACUUUAACCAAAAUAGCUCAGAAACAUUGUUUUCCAAAACAAUUCUAUACUGUCCAAAAUCGUUACUUGCCUUUUUUAAGAAAUUGCACUACAGAAGAGACCAGCUCAGUGUCAUGUACAAUGCAGCAAGGCAACAAUGGAAUAAGUCCAAUUUCUAAUUUUAGCAUUUUUAAGAAAAAUAUCUGAUUGUAAGCAUUGACUUUAAACAAAAAAGCUCCUUUAAAGAAAAAUGUUGCUUGUUAGAAUAGAUUUUGCUGUGAUCCACUUCUAAUAGUUAUUCCAAGUUAUGUGCAAGUCUCUUCAACAGAUCAGAAUUAAAGGCCUUUGAAAUUAAUAGUUGCGUGGUAGUAAAUAUCUUAUGUUUGUAAGAGACACACUGAGCUUGUUUCAUCUUGACUCAUCAAAGUUAGAUCAACAAUGUAAAUCUGACCGGAAGCAGCAGUUUGUACCACAUGAGAAAAGGGUGCUAUUUAUGUGCAGUUCCCUACUUAUGUAUAACUUUCAGUGUACGUAAUGCUCCCUGAACUCUGAACAGGACAGCAAUAUGACCAGGCAUUGUGCCUUUUACAGUAAAAACUUGGAGGAUAACUGUUUCCUUGUGAAUUCUCCAUUACAAUACCUUGACUAAUCAGCCCACUUCCCAACAAAUAGUGUCAUGUUCCUCUAGCUAUGUAAGUUGUUCACUCUGAAGUUUGAUAUCUUUGCACCUCUUCUGAUGAUGCAAAAUGAAGAGCUUCAACAAUGUUUUUCAAAGUACUGAGUUGCUGACCAUUUAAAAUAAGUUCUUAGGCAUUCCUUUGCUUUCCUCAUUCCUGUUGAAGCACCAGUACUGAUGUAGGUCAGCUCAUUCACAUAUCCUGCUUGUGCUAACUCCAGAGUGCCUCGAGCCUCAGCAAGGCUCCAGCUUUAUCCUUUGGACCAGUUGAAAAACAAAACGUUUGCUCUUGUAACUCCAGUCAAUUCUUGUCUUUUUCUAAUACAUCAGAUCUAACAGCUGUUUGCAGUCACUUAAACCUUUGACUGAUCAGGGACGCACAAGCUGAAGGGCCUCCUGUUCCUAUUUUUGAGGGGUAUUUAGUUUUCCAAUUUACUUCCAUUCGAUGGUGGUCAUUUUAUUUGGAAUGUUGCAUCGGUGGGGAUAGAAAAUGCAUUCCUUAACUUUCCCCUAGUCCGAGAAUUGCAAAUAUUGUAUUUGCUCAAGUUCCAGCUCCAAAACCAAAACUCAGUUACACUGGAAAUAUUUCAGAGCUAUGUUGUGGUGUUAGUACCGUCACUUGUGAAAAUCUAUCUUUAAUUGCCAUAAUUGUUCGCUGGCUGUUUCAUGUGUCAGCUAUAAAGAAUUGUACUGUCUGUUAUCAAAGCUUGUAGUAUCUGUCGGCAAAAAAGGGAAGUGCAGAGGAGGAAUGGUUCAAUAAGUUCCAAUAAAUAGCUGAGCCAGGCAGUGUGUUAGGUCACAUGUGUGGUUUGAAAGUUAACAUUAGGAUCAAAAGACUUUACAGAAGCUGGGGCCAUUUCAUGAGUGCAAGAAUGAGUUGUGGUUGCUGCAUAAAGGAAGGUGAACCUCACUGGGUUUGCACAUGCAAACGUCUACAAUCCUGUUUGUACUAAGUGUCAACUGCAGUUACAGUCAAAUGACCUUUGACAACAAAGUGGAAUGUGACUAGCACCAAAUAAAGAACCAACUCUUUUAGGAUGAUAAAAGCAAAUUAAUGUGAUAAAAUAAAUAUAUAGGUGCAAUUGACAGAUGUGUGAUGUUCAAACGGUGCCCUGAAUCAUGAUUGUUAAGCACUGCCUCCAUAAGUUCUGAACAGUUCUAUUGCUAAAAUCUACAAUCAUCCUGAGUUUCUUUUUCACCUGAAUCAGUGAGAUUAUUUGUGUAUAAUUGUUUCUGGGUCUCAUUAUUCUGUCUAGAAUGGGAAUUGGUUGUAUUCAUUUUUAAUUUUGCAUUAUAAAACUGUAGAAGUGCUAUGUAUGGUACUGAUUCUAUGUAAGACAAUGGAACUAUUGAGUUCUGUACCCAAAGGCAAUGUCUGAUGUACAACCUUUGCCACGGGUUAGGAAAGGGAUAGCGCUGUGCUGUUAGCACAAUGUGAUCUGUGCUGGCCAUCCAGUCUCCCAGUCUCUUAGGGGUCCAAGUUGCUACAGCAUUACCCAUAUUUUUCCAUGCAUGCUGUGGCCUGUGGAGUUAGAUGUGAUGAUGUUAGAGGCUCCUACUACUUUUCUCCUACUUCAUAGGGCUGACCAUUUGUGUAUCUGGACAGAUUUAGAGUCAGAGAGACGUACAGCAUGGAAACAGACCCUUCGGUCCAAAUCGUCCAUGCUGACCAGCUAUCCUAACCUAAUCUAGUCCCAUUUAUCAGCACUUGGCCCAUAUCCCUCUAAACCCUUCCUACUCAUAUACCCAUCCAGAUGUAUUUUAAAUGUUAUAGUUGUACCAGCCUCCACCACUUCCUGUGGCAGCUUAUUCAUGCACCAGCCUCUGCAUGACAAAGUUGCCCCUUAGCUCCUUCUUAAAUGUUUCCUCUCUCACCCUAAACCUAUGCCCCCUACAGGGAAAAGGGCUUGUCUGUUUAUCCUACUCCUGUUUUAUUUCUUAGUAGUCUUCUAUAUUGCCAAGUAAUGAAGCUAUCCUCCUUGAACCUGGAGCUCUAGUUAAGAGACAAGGACACUACCUAGUACAGUUUGUGUUUUUGUAAUGUACAUACUACUUCUGAACAAGCAGUUGUUGCAAUUAUAGUAAUCUCAAAGAACAUAUGAUGGAAGUGUUUCUUCAUCCACUGAUUGUUUUCUUCAGAGGGAAUAUGGCAUAAUGGGAACAUACUCCUACACUGGAAAUGCAGAAAUCCCUCUGCGCUUUGUGAGCAGAUAAAAUCAACAUGGUAAAAGUUGCUUUCUGUUCAUACUGCACCAUUAGUUAUUGCUAGUGAGUUCAGUGAAGUCAUCCUACACUAGAGUAGGCUACUGCAAGCCUCUUUUGUAACUUAAUCUAUUCUGUCCUUCAGAAUCAGAAUUGGCUGAUAUCAUAAAUUCCUGUGAAAACAAAUAACUUGUACCUUCCUGACUCACUGUGAAGGCUCCAUGCACACUAAAUAGAAAAGAUCUUGAAUAUAUUCACUGUUUUGUAAAAGCAAUGCAAAACACUGCACUGAGUAGCACCAACAAAGUAAUUAGGGCAGUGUGGGAUCCCUAUCCUGUUCACCUGAACAAAUGUACCUGGUUCUCUGCUGUUGGCCUGUAGGAUGUCACAGACUUGCACUUUUUCUCUGGUAAAAGGAGGCAUGUGAAAGCUGAAUGUGUCUAAAGGGAAUGUCUCCAUAGUCCCAGUGGACCAUUGAGCUGUUCUGUGGAGAUGGUGUGGAACUUGGAAGGGUUCAGAAAAGAUUUACAAGGAUGUUGCCAUGUUUGGAGGAAUUAAACGAUAGGGAGAGGCUGAAUAGGCUGGGGCUGUUUUCCCUGGAGCAUUGGAGGCUGAGGAGUGGACUUAAAGGUUUAUAAAAUCAUGAGUGGCAUGGAUAGGGUAAAUAGACAAAAUCUUUUCCCUGAGGUGGGGGUGUCCAGAACUGGAGGGCAUAGGUUUAGGGUGAGAGGGGAAAGAUAUAAAAGGGACCUAAGGGGCAACUUUUUCAUACAGAGGGUGGUACGUGUAUGGAAUGAGCCAGAGGAAGUGGUGGAGGCUGCUACAAGUACAACAUUUAAAAGGCAUCUGAAUGGAUAUAAGAUUAGGAAAGGUUGAGAGGGAUAUGGGCCAAAUGCUGGCAAAUGGGACUAGAUUAGGUUAGGAUAACUGGUUCAAAGUUUGUGAGAAGAUUUGUAGCUCGGGUGCUCGUUGUUGUGGUUCUGUUCUCCGAGCUGGGAAUUUGUGUUGCAAACAUUUCAUCCCUUUUGUCCCCUGGCUAGGUGACAUCCUCAGUGCUUGGGAGUAUCCUGUGAAGCCUUCUGUGAUGUUUCCUCCGGCACCACUAUAAAUGCGGGAGGAAACAUCACAGGAGGCUCCCAAGCACUGAGGAUGUCACCUAGACAGGGGACGAAACGUCUGCAACACACAUUCCCAGCUUGGCGAACACAACCACAACAGGAUAACUGGUUAGCAUCGUCGAGUUGGACUGAAGAGUCUGUUUCUGUAUUGUACAUCUCUAUGACUGGUUUAACCAAGUGGUCACCACAUCUCAGGUGAGGGUUGAGAUUGAGAAGAAAUGUCCAUCGUAGCCUCAGCAGUGAAGGAAUUGAACCCAUGCUGUUGGUGUCACUUCACAUUGAAAAGCAACCAUCCAGCUUAAGCAAUGGUCCUCUGCUACCCUCCAAUAUCUAUACAGCUUAUGAAAAAAACCUUAAAACUGUAGGGUCAAAUAAGUGUUUUAAUACAAGCAUAGAAUGGUGCAACUCAGCAUCAGCCACUGUGCUCUAUCAUUUAAAUCAGCUAAUAGCAUACAUUUAUAUUUCUUUCCCAGUGAGCCUUCACACCAAUCUCCACCCUCUGCCCCACCCUCCCUCCAUUGUGUCCUUUAAUAUUUGACUCUUUAAAGCAAGAGUCCUACUGUUUUUGAACUAGUUCUAGAUUCCAGCUGACCUCUAUCAAAGGAUGUUUUUUUCAAAUGGUAGAUUCUUAAAAUAUUACAUCUGGUCUUCAAGACAGUGAAAAUAUUUUAUUUUUAUUUGCCUUAUUGUAGCAUUUUGUAUUCCUGAACAUCUUUGUCAGAUCACUUGCAUUUUUUGCCCAGGGCCAGGGCCAAAGCAAGUUCUGUUUCAUCAAAUUCAUUUUUAACAUCCCAGUGAUGCAUUCGCUGUCUUAGAUUGCAGAUGUAUCAGACAUAAACUGGUGAAGCUUAGAUUCACUAUUCUGGCUCCAGCUGUUGUUUAUAGAAUUUCUUUUCUAUUUUCGUGCUGAUUUUUGAGUACUUAUUGAUGUACAAUUCUGGGCAUGGAAAGAUUGCUACCUCAUUCAAAGGUGUACUCCUUUGUGAUUGUUUCUCUGUAUUGAGCUACAUUCCCCCGCCCCCAGUUUGAGUGGGGCUGAUAUCCUAUCAUAUCAUUUUGCAUCUUUUUCACAGUCCUGGCUGAAAUAUGCUACAACUCCAACAACAUCCAUUUUGAUGUUACCUACAUUUGGUAGAAUUCCCUCAAUCUCGGGUCCCUGACCCCAAUAAAACCAUGAAAUGUCUUCAGAACAAGAAACGUACCUAAAAUUUGCUUGCAGCCAAAUCAUUCCGUGUGCCCUCCGUUGCCUUGUGUGCUUGAGUUGUCCCUUUAUCUAUGUGAAACUAUAGAAGCUGUUACUGUUUCAUUUCCUCUACCUUAAUUCUUGUGUUUCCAAGUGAUUAUUGUUUGCAUCAUGUUUUCACACUGGGUUAUUUUUUUAAAAAUGCUAAAGAUGAUCUAGCUUAUUAUUUUGCUACUUUAUCCAUUUCUUUGUCUGAAGUAAGGGAAUGCAUUUGCUGAUUUCCAGUCCCCUAGCAGUGAGACAGCUUGUUCUUUUUUCCAAUGGGCAGUGCCAUGUAGCCACAUUUUGUGCUGAUAACAUUGAGGAAGUGCUGGUAAGAGAUUGGCCUUUCAUUAUUCUAAUGGGGGUGACUGAGAUGAAUCUUGUGGAUUCUGAUCUACAUGGGGAUUGAUCACAUUAAUUGAACCCUGGUCCUUGGGCUCUUCACCUGGGAAUGUUGUUCUCUUAUUUUAACCACUGGAUGUGUACAAUGAAAUGAUUGAAGGACAAAUAAUGAGGAUGUACAAAAAGUUAGCAUUAAGUGCUAACCAUGUAGCUAACUCAAUUUGUGAAAUAAGUCGAUUACCUUUGGUAUAAUAUACAUUCAUGGAGGAUGGACAUGUUCCUUCCCUAUAGUAAUAUCAAAUGUAAAGCAUUGGUUGUUAUAGUUUUUCCUCCAUGUAUAUCAUUUCCUUAUUUUUCCUGAUUGUGAAACUGAAAUUUCAGCUGGUACACUUACUGUACUAACAAAAUGACAUCUGCCAAUUGCAAAUGAGCUUACUACUAGUUCAUUUUUAUUAAUCUUGUAAACAUUGAAAACCAAUUUCUUUGUUAAAGCUGUCACGUUUAACACUUUUUUGGGUUAAACAUUGUGUGAAUCCAAGGUUUAUAUUUAAAGGACAUUAAAGGUGCCUUAAAUAUGAAUUUUGUUGUGAUCAAAUCCUCAACUCUGUACUGUAAUUGCUAUUCCAUUCGAGUGGGGAAAAUGUUCUGACCACCUCCAGUAGUUGGCUGCAGUAAUUUCUCCUCAAUUUUUUUCCAAUCAAGAUGGGGACAAGUUUUAACUAAAACCAUUUCAUUGGAUGCAAAUACCACAGGCUUCCAAACUCUGUCUCUGUGGAUUACUUUGUUUCUCAGUUGUAGUACAUGGCUUCUCUGGUAACUAUUUUACCAGUUUUAUACCAGGAGGAAUCAGUCUUAAUGGAGAAAAUGAAGUUGUUGAGUGUUGAUUGUCUUGCUUUGUAGAAGCAAGUUCAGUUUUGUGCUUGUUCAGUGGUUGUUACCGCCAGUCUUGAAUUAAUAAUCCAGAGAAUGUGAACCGAAACUUCACCUGCAGAAUUGAACUCGUGUUUUAAAAUUUAUAAAAAUGGCUAUGCAGCUAUAGGUUUUAAAAACCCAACUUUAGAGGGGAGGCAAUGGCUUAAUGAUAUGAUCGCUCAAAUAUUAAUCAAGGCACUCAACAAAGAGUCUGGAGACCUGGGUUCAAAUCCCACCAUGCCAGAUGGUGCAAUUUGAAUUUAAUAAAAGUUUGGAAUUAAGGGGAAUAAUAACCAUGAAUCCAUUAUUGAUUGUUGGAAAAAUCCAACUGGUUCACUAAUGUCCUUUUAGGGAAGGAAAUCUGCUGUGGGUCUGGAGUCACAUGUAGGCCAGACCAGGUAAUGACAGCAAUGUGGUUGAGUCUUCGCUGCCUGAUGGGCAAUAAAUACUGACCUGGCCAAAACUGCCCACAUCCCAUGAGUAAAUUAUUUUUUAAAAGUAAAUGAAACUCUUUGAGGAAGAAAACUUGUCAUAUUUAUGUGAUCUGGACCAUUUUGAGACUUCAGUUUCCACUUAUUUGGUUGAUUCUUAAUUACCCAUUGAAAUAACCAAGCAAGUCACCCUGUUGACUUGACAUCAAAUUGCUGCAAAAUAAUGUUCAAAAAUAAGAUCUAGUGCCAUCUCUCUUUUUUUUAAAGAAUGGGCAAUAAAUGCUGGUCUUACCAUAUGGCCAUGUAAUCAGUGAAAUUUUAGGAAUUCACAAAGCAUUGCUAUGGGACUUGAGAAUAAAUAGUCCACAAUUAGUAUCAACUUUGAGUGAUGGUACAUUUUUAAAUCUAAUCAGGUUUCAAUGCCAAAUGGUGAUUCAGCAUUUUUGAGUUUUCAAUCUGGCACUUAAAGGUGCUGUUUUACCACAAUGUUCACUAACUCCUUUAAAACUGCACUGUUAACUGAAGAACUAUAUUUAAGUUCUGAAAUAAAUCCUGCAGUUUCUGGUGAUGUAUAUGGCCUGAUCACUCUUGAACCUAUUUUACAUCUGUAUCAUCGUGUCUCCUUGUUUGACACUUUUUUUCUUUGCAGUGUUUGGAAAUGUUCACCUUUGUUCCUGAGACUUUGUGUGUAGCAUCUGUAGUAGCUGUAGGACACAGUUGCAAAAUGUUUAAAUGAACCUUUCUUUUUUGCCCUGUACAGUAAAUGUUGAAUAGUGAUUUUGUUUGCAUGCAGUGAUGGAAUGCUUGCUCAAAGUUAGGACUGAAAAUGUAAAAUGCUCACUAUUGGGUAUUGCAGUUUUGAAUCCAUGUGGAGAUAAAAUUGCCUUUGACAUUUGACACAAAACACCAGGAAAAAGUUGCCACAUUCCCAUUUUUUAAAAAUGUGUUUAACAUUUUUAGUUUUAAAGUAUCAUGGUGUUACUUUAUGUCUAAAACACUUAGUCAUUGAAUGUUUUUAAUAAAAGUAUAUCUGCCUUUGAA